AAUGAAAGUGGCUGGAUACGCGCGGUGACUCCUACUCUGAAGUCUUCCUUUCCUUCUUCUUCCGGCGAUACGUGGAAUUCACUCAAAAGCGUCAUGCUGGAAACUACUUUUUAACUAUGACUGUUCGUUAAAUAUCGUGCGUUUACGCAAAAUCGUUUAAAUUACUUGUGAAUUUAAUACGCUUAUUCCAAAAUUUCGGACGGAAACCUGAACACAUAUUUUUAGGUUAUACACAUAAAAUGUAUGCUUCUAGAAGGAAUUUGUGUUUAUUUAUCAUAAUUUUAGUUCAAAUGAUAAAUGUCCUUGGACGAAUGGAUGAAUGUGAAGUGAUACAAGCAAUUCCUUUCAAAAAUUCGGAACCAGGGCCUGAACUUGAUUUACCAGAAGGAAAGCUGGAAGAAGAGAAUAAAACUAUCGAAUUAAAUGUUACGACAAAUAAUUCUACCUCUAAUGUAACUAAAGUUAAUUGCUUGACAGAUACAGUCUAUGGACCUGUAGAAAUUGUCAAUGCUACCAGGCUAAUGAAAUUAUUAAUCUUAGAACCUGGACCAUCAAACAGAAGCAGAAACGAUAAAGAAGGUAGAAUGUUACCAGGAACAUGCGUUAUAGUAUUAUUUUAUGCAAGAUGGUGUAUAUUCAGUAGUCAAGCUGCACCACACUUUAAUGCGCUACCACGUUCAUUCCCACAUAUCAAAGCAGUAGCAAUUGAUGCUAUAAAAUAUCAAAACUUCAAUGCUCAAUAUGGAAUUGUUGGAGUUCCUACGUUAAUGCUUGUUCACAAUGGAAAGCCUGUAGUAAAAUUUAAUCACACUGUCUACACGUUAGAAUUUUUUGCAAGAUUUAUAAUUCAAGCAACUAAUUUAAAACCGAAUGGAUCAUUAUAUGUUACAUCGAUGGAUUUUCUUGGACCUGUUUCUAGUGUACCUUCUAAUGAAACUGACUACUGUCUAGUCCUUUCAUGGGUCUUCAUUGCUGCGUGUGCUUUGUACUUUACCUCACAGAGUAGAUGGUGGCAACAAUUUGUGGAACUAGUUCAGAAUACGUGGCGUGAAAGCAAUGCCCAACAUGAACAUGCUGAUUAAAGCAUUAGAAGUAACUAUUGCUUCCCAUGUACAAAAGCAUGGUAUGAAAUGACUUAUGGUAUUACAAAACUAUUAAGUUGCGUGAUAAUAUUUGUGGUAACUGUUAAUUAAGGCAAUUAAGACAAUGUAAAUAUAUGUUGACAAAUAAGUAAUAUAUUAUAUAUUA